AUGACAUCCCGCAAACUAUUCCUCCGCCACUUGAUGCCUCCGAGACCAUCUUUCCUGCGCUAUCAGUCAUUCACUGAAGAGCCAGACGAGUACGAGCGCUUCUUCCUCACAAAAUGGGAAGCGGCCCCUUAUUAUGUCAAGCCGACUCUCUGGAAUCGCUGGGGUCCAACAGCGUGGCUGACCUGGGCCCUUGGGAGACCUGUUCCUGGCGAUGAAGGUGAUAAGUAUUCCCCUGCUGGGUAUGUUAUUCCGGAUAUUGGGCCGAAGGAGCUUGAGGGUAGAGGAAGAAAGGAACUGGAAAAUUAUUUGGCUCAGAUGAAGGACUAUCGGACUGGGAAGUGUCCUUUCCAUUGA